AUGGGGACGGGGAUGCUGACGAAGGCUUGUGAAGCUGAGAAGACAAAUUGCCCUCAUCAUUAUCUCUGGGCUUGUCAAUCAAACAUAUUCCCUUAUUUACCUCGGCGAGGAGAGAGCCCCGGGAGCACACGGAGAGGGAGGGAGCGAGAGGAGAACUGCUUGCCCCAAACUCUGCACUGGGGAGGGAGCAUUUCCAGCCCCUCGGGAUGGCCACCAUCACCUGCAAUCGCUUCACGGAGGAGUACCAGCUCUUUGAGGAACUGGGCAAGGGCGCUUUCUCCAUUGUCCGGAGAUGUGUGAAGGUGUUGGCAGGACAAGAGUAUGCAGCCAAGAUCAUCAACACCAAGAAGCUCUCUGCUCGAGAUCACCAGAAGCUGGAACGAGAAGCCCGGAUCUGCCGCCUCCUGAAGCACCCCAACAUUGUGAGGCUCCAUGACAGCAUCUCUGAGGAGGGCCACCACUACCUGAUAUUUGACCUGGUCACUGGUGGGGAGCUGUUUGAGGACAUUGUGGCCAGGGAGUACUACAGUGAAGCGGAUGCCAGCCACUGCAUCCAGCAGAUCCUGGAGGCUGUCCUGCACUGCCACCAGAUGGGGGUGGUUCACCGGGAUCUGAAGCCCGAGAACUUGCUGCUGGCAUCCAAGCUGAAGGGUGCCGCCGUCAAGCUGGCUGACUUCGGCCUUGCCAUCGAGGUGGAGGGGGACCAGCAAGCGUGGUUUGGUUUCGCCGGCACCCCGGGAUACCUCUCCCCUGAGGUGCUCCGGAAGGACCCCUAUGGCAAAGCCGUGGACCUGUGGGCUUGUGGUGUCAUCCUUUACAUCCUGCUGGUUGGGUACCCACCCUUUUGGGAUGAAGACCAGCACCGACUCUACCAGCAGAUCAAGGCUGGGGCUUAUGAUUUCCCCUCCCCUGAGUGGGAUACAGUGACUCCAGAAGCAAAAGAUCUCAUCAACAAGAUGUUGACCAUAAACCCGUCCAAGCGCAUCACGGCAGCGGAGGCUCUGAAGCACCCCUGGAUAUCGCACCGUGCCACCGUGGCGUCAUGCAUGCACAGACAGGAGACGGUGGACUGUCUGAAGAAGUUCAAUGCCCGGAGGAAGCUGAAGGGAGCCAUCCUCACCACCAUGCUGGCCACCAGGAACUUCUCCGGAGGCAAAAGUGGUGGCAACAAGAAGAAUGACGGCGUGAAGAAAAGAAAGUCCAGUUCCAGCGUUCAGUUAAUGGAGUCAUCGGAGAGCACCAACACCACCAUCGAGGACGAAGACACCAAAGUACGCAAGCAAGAAAUCAUUAAAGUCACAGAGCAGCUGAUUGAAGCAAUAAGCAAUGGAGACUUCGAGUCCUACACGAAGAUGUGUGAUCCUGGGAUGACUGCCUUUGAGCCCGAGGCUCUGGGCAACCUUGUGGAAGGCCUGGAUUUCCACCGAUUCUACUUUGAAAACUUGUGGUCCCGGAACAGCAAGCCCGUGCACACGACGAUCCUGAACCCCCACAUCCACCUGAUGGGAGACGAGUCCGCCUGCAUCGCCUACAUCCGCAUCACGCAGUACGUGGACGCCGGAGGGAUCCCCCGCACUGCCCAGUCCGAGGAGACCCGCAUCUGGCACCGCCGGGACGGCAAAUGGCAAAUUGUCCACUUCCACAGAUCCGGCGCGCCCUCUGUCCUACCGCAGUAAGCCCUCUGAAGCGUGGUCCUGCCUGUGUUGGGCUUGUCACUGACUGACUACCAAGGGGAGACCCCCUCCGACAUGUUCACCUACGGGACUUUUCCUGUUGGCUCUGCUGCUUGGUUCCCGCUGGAAUAACCCCUCGCUUCUCACCGCACACACUCAACGGCCCUGCCAGCGCAGCGCAAGCAUCCCAUGAAACCCCCCCACCCUGCCGGGGUCGUGGCGCUGGGCCCCCUUCCUCUGCAUGAACCAGGAAAAGAGAAACCAUGAACUUAAAC